UAUUUCUCGAAUAAUUCUAGGGAGGACUGGUGGAUGAUAUUAUUUUAGACCUGUAAGCCACUCAUCUUAUUCAUUAAGUUUUUCGUAAGUUGAGUCGUCACAACCUACAUUCUAAAUUUUAGAUUCACUUUCUGUCACGUUUCUGAUCAAUUUCUUUUUUUUUUUCUAUAUUUUUCCUGAAUUCUAGUGAGGUGAGGGGUCGACUUAGGAAGGAAUACGUGAGAAAAAAAUUCAGCAAGCAUAUCAAAGAUUCAGCAUGGGAUUUUCAAAUAAUGCAGACGCCAAUUAUACAAAGGCAAUGAAGAGAUUAAAAGGGAGCAGCAAUACUGAGUGUAAGAAGAGCAAUUGGCAUAAGAAAAUUGCCUGGGAAAUGAAGAAACUUAGGUUUAUGGGGACGGCCAUUUUUCCAGGGGAGAAGAAAUGGAGAAAUAUUCAUUUUAUUAUCAUUACUACUGUUUUUCUCUGUGUGGCUGGCUGUGCAAUGGCCCUUCUUAAGUUUCUGCCUUCCGCAGCUGCAGUUGCACGUGAAGGCAGUAAUGGGCUCAUGAUGAUGCUAGGAGAAGGAAAAAGCACAGGGAACGAAGAACAAUAUUAUUCUUCUACAGAGAUCGAAAAACCCCAUCAAGGAGCACAGAGAUCUCAUACAGACAGUACAUUAUUCUGCGACAGAUCCUCAUACAGAACAGAUAUCUGCAUCCUCAAGGGCGACAUAAGAACCGACUCUGCUACUAAUACAGUUUUCCUCGUCUCUGACAAGGCGGCACAAGAGGAAGAAGAUCAGAAACUAAAGCCCUACACGCGAAAAUGGGAGAACUACACAAUGUCAUCAGUAACAGAAAUAUCGCUGAAAACAAUUAAGCCCUCGGUCGCUCCUCGCUGCCAUGUGAUCCACACAGCGCCCGCCCUGGUCUUUUCAACCGGCGGCUACACAGGCAACCUCUUCCACGAUUUCACAGAUGUAAUCGUCCCGCUUUUUGUAACAGUCCACCACUUCAACUCUCGCCCGGUCUUCCUCGUCGUCGAUCACAAAGACUGGUGGAUUUCAAAAUUCCAAGAAAUAUUGAACCAGCUCACGCCUUACCCGCUCCUCGAUUUCCAAAACGACACUAGGGUUCACUGCUUCACGAAGGCCAUUGUUGGCCUGCGUUUUCAUGGAGAUCUGAGAGUCGAUCCCGCGACCGCACCCUACCAAAUAAAAAUCACAGAUUUCCAAAAUAUGCUGCAAAAUGCCUACGGAUUCGCCAAAAAGAGAAAGUAUUUCUUCGCCCGGCCGAAAUUCGUCCUCAUUGCUCGAAAGGGAUCUAGGGCUUUUCUCAACCAGCGGAAAAUUGUCAACCUAGCGGAAAAGCUAGGGUUUCGUGUCAUGGUUCUGUUUCCUGACAGAGACACAAAGCUCAAAGAUAUGUACGAGAUCGUCAGUUCCUGUGACGUUUUCAUGGGCGUCCAUGGCGCGGCAUUGACGCACUUUCUGUUUCUUCGGCCGGGGGCCGUUUUUAUACAGGUUGUUCCGCUGGGGAUAGAAUGGGCGUCACGGACAUUUUUCAGAGAACCUGCAAUGGACAUGACGGGAAUUCAUUAUCUGGAAUACUCCAUUUUGCCAGAGGAGAGCUCACUGUUUGAUGAAUAUCCCAAAGAUCAUGUUUAUUUGACGAAUCCGAAAGUUGUGAAUGACAAAGGUUGGGACGCCACAAAGGAAAUUUAUCUGGACAGACAGAAUGUGAAGAUUGAUUUAGAACGGUUGAAGAAAAUGUUGAAGACAGCAAUGGAUCUGCUUCAGUCCAAAGGCCAUGUAAAUAAUGCAUGAGAAAUUUAGUUAAAUUUUCUGUGAAUAUUUGCUGUUCUAAAUUAUUUUCCCUGCUUUAAUUAGGAGCAGGUGAGUAGGUACCAAACCAGUUUGCUGUAUAGGUGAGAUUCUUUGUUUUUCCAUUAAAGGAGCUCAAAUAACAGGGCAUUGUGAGUUGUAGAUUCAUUCCAGAGAGCUUGGAGUGAUUGGUCACCGUCCCCUGCAGCAGUUAUUUGAGCCUCUUUAAGGAAUGUCUUUUCAAAUGUUCGGGGUGGGAUUUUUCUAAUGUAUAAAGAGAGGCUGGCACUGAAUCCCUAUAUGAGGGAACUUCAGUGACGUAGAAAUGUCUGAAGUAGUAAUUUUCAGCUGUGUUGUCUCUUAUUUGUAUGCAAAGCAUACUCAAACAUAAAUUAAUGUUACCUACCUUCGUUUUGUGUGUUUUCUA